ACACGAUAAGCACUUAACUCACCGAUCACCCACGAUGUCCCUCGCAAAGCUCCCAUUAAUUUUUGUAGCUGCAGUUGGUUUUCAUAUCUCUGUUACUGCUCCAGAUGCCGCUGAACGAGAUCGGGUCGUGAUUCCAAGUGCAAUAGAGAGACUUCUCACACCCUUUAGUGUGCUCGUGCCGCGCUUUCUGAAAGGUACAAUAUGGCUUGUGACUGCUGCUGAGACUGCAGUCAUUUUGACACGUUACAUUCCGCCGCAUCACAUAUCGCCGGGAAUCGCGGAUGUGCUGGGGAAACUAGGGACCCCUGACGCAAGCAAACUCACUACGAUAUCAGUUUUGGGGAGCUUGAUGGUUGUGAUGUCAAGCUACAUUCGUUGGAAGUGCUACAGAACGUUGGGACGCUUCUUCACGUAUGAGCUAUCUAUCCGAGACGAUCACAAACUUAUAACAAGCGGACCCUACUCGGUGGUGAGACACCCAAGCUACACAGGGCUAGCCAUAUCUUUCGCUGGCGCGUGUUUGACAUACGGUGCUCCUGGCUCCUGGCUCCGAGAAUCAGGAAUUCUCGGCCUGCCAUUCGUGAGUGGAGUUGCGAAGAUAUGGACAGCGUUGAUGGUGAUCGUGGUGGCGUGCUUGGCUGUAAGGAUUCCGCACGAGGACAAACUGAUGGCGCAGAGCAUUGGGAAGGAGUGGGAGGAGUGGGCCCAGCGCGUGAAAUAUCGACUCAUACCCGGCAUCUACUAGCACCAUGUUUGCUUUCAUAAUUACACUUGAGCUGAACCAUCUGAAUGCACAACUCUCUUUGGAGUAUCUCCAACGGAGAAGAAGGGGAACCAUGGCGUUGCUGAGGAAACUUGCACUCUGGAGGAGAUUGUACUGGCCAGAGGCAAGGCAACACUGCUGGAUUGGA